AACAUUUUCAUGUUCACGUUCUAUCAACGCCAACCACGCAGCGCAGCCACCUCCCACAUCCACGGUGACAGAUGUUGAUGAGGCUGACGUAAACUACCCUGUUGUGGAGACCUGACACCUGACACAGACUUGUGGGUCAUUAUUUGGAGAAUGGCCCUAGACGAUGGAUGGUUAUUGACAGGUUCCCUUUUGUGUCCUCAUUUUUCAUUGUUUUUCUUUUUGCUAAGCAGAAUCUGUGGGUUUUUUGUUUGAACUUUGUUUUUGUUUUGUUUUGUUUUCCAGACAAACAACAAAGGUUUAGGUUUUCUUUUUAAGCUCUAUAGUUCAACUUAUUUUUGUUUUUCUCUGUUCUCUAUCUAACAUAUAAGUUCCUCAAAGCUGGAUAUUUUAACACAGGAAAAUCAUUUUUAAAAAGAGACUGCUGAAACCUCAGUCAGACAGCAGUCAGAAUCAUCAUGUGCACUAAAUGAAAGGAAUAGUGUGGAUGAACACAAGCCCAUGGGUGGAGGUGUUGUAAAGUGCAAGCUGACAUGUUAGGAGACAACUGCUCCGACAGCCUGACCAUUGACUUUUGUUCGACACCACCUUCAGAAAUCGGGUGGGUCACCCACUCUGACAGCAACGGUGGACUACAAUUUCCUCAUUCCUCACAUACAAUGUUCCUGUGGGCAGGAAGUAAAGCAACAGAUGGUAGAAGUGACCGCAGAUCCAUCUACCAGAAGAUUCGCGAAUAUGAAGUUCUGGACAAGAGGAAGACAGUGACAGCUCUGAGGGCAGGGGAGGACAGAGCCAUACUGCUGGGUCUCAGCAUGGUCUUUGUCUCUGUCAUGAUGUAUUUUGUCCUGGGAAUCACCAUACUGCGCUCUUACUCUGACAGCGUAUGGACGGAUGAGGCUAGCUGCACUAUUGUAAACUCCACCAUCGUGUGGCAUGUAAACUGUUCAUACAGCUGUGGAGCAGAGUGCUGGAAAAGUUCCCGUUAUCCCUGUCUCCAGGUCUACGUCAGUCUCAACUCCUCAGGAAAGGUGAUACGACUGUUGCACAACGAGGAGACACAGGACAGCAACCCUGAGUGCUUCUACAUCCCAAAAUGCCGUAAGGAUUAUGCAACCACACAUGCAAUUGUUCAGAACAUUUCUGAGCGUCUUAGGUCCCAGCACACAAUUCAGUGUUUUGUGGACCCGACAGAUAGAAUGGACAGUGCCAUCCUGACGCAGAUCUACGGCCAGGUCGCCGUCUUCCACUCCCUGUUCUGGCCAACUUGCACCUUGAUUGGAGGAGCCAUCAUUAUCGCCUUGGUGAAGCUAACCCAAUACCUAUCAGUCAUGAGUGAGCGAAUAAACCGCAUAAAGAGGUGAAGGGUAAAGUUAGACCGUAAGUUCAAAGGGAAGUCCCCCUUUAAAAGGACACAGGGACAACUGGAUGGGGCUCAGACUGAAAGACAGAGAGGAGGGACAGCUGACAUGUCUGUUGUGGAUUCCAGAGCAUGUCUCAGUGACAAUCAAAACGCGACUAGAAAGACAAGCAUAUAUUUUGGAGACAGGGUUGAAAUCCAGAUUUGAAGAUAAACUGAUACUGGUUAGGCCUGCUGGUGGUUGAAACUCAUUUCCAUUAUUUUUGUUGGUCAGUUAUCAGUUUUGAAAGGAUGUAUACAAAUGUGACAUAAUGUUUCUAAGUGCCUGUUCUGCAUUCAGUAUCUUUGCUGAAUCUUUGCAAUGAUAGUUGUUGAAGAGUAGUUCAACAUUUUAGGAAAUUACGCUUAUCUUCUUUCCAAGCAUAAGGUGAGAAAAUGGGUACCGCUCUUGUAUUUGUUCUUCUGUAAUGAUACCACAUGCAGCAGCCAGUUAGCUUAACCAAGCACAAAAACUCUAAGGAUGGAGGGGAAACAGCUAUGGUAACAAAAUCUGCUCACCAGCACCACUAACUACACUUUCUAGUUAACACUUUAUAUCUUGUUUGUUUGAUACACGCUUUUCCUACGUUAUCUUUGUGCAAAGAUUAUAGCUUCUGGCUGUAGCAUAAUAUACAGCAUACAGAUGUGACAGUGGUGUCAAUCUUAUCAACUAACUCCUGACAAGAACUCAAGUAAAUAUAUUUUCCAAAAUGUUGAAUUAUUUCUUUAAGACAGAUUUUCUUAUACUGCAGAUUAAUACUGUCCUAGUCUCCAUAUGGGGUCUCUAAGGGGUGUUACUGUCCCUGUGUCUUAGGAGGAGAGAAUUUGCUGUUUGGAUCUCACGUGGUGGUGCUUUACCAGCCACUGCUCUCAUAUUAGAAAAUGUGUGUAUACUGAGUUAUACUUGCAGCUGAACUUCUAGGAUUCCCAGAGGAUUUCCAGCUUUGAUAAUGUACAGCUCUGCAUGCAGAACACUUUCAGAAAGGGGCCUCCAAAAGAUGAAACCUAUAAAAGUUAUUUUCUACUACUGGGCUUAAUCAUGCUGAGCAGUGCUAACUCACAGCUGCACACACCAGUUCUGCCUGUGAUUGAUUUGAAAUUUUCUAUCAAACAUGUAUUGAUUCAUGAAUGAUUGUAUUAUCAAAUAAACACAAUGUACCUGCUACCUCUUGAUGAUGACGUUUGACCUGUCAAUUUUUAAUUACACUUAUUCUGAAAGUGUCGCAGUGAUAUCAUGUCAUUUGGAAUAUGUGAAGUAUUUUAAGAUCACAGACAGUUUGACCAGCCUUGCCAUUGGCUGGAUGGUCUGUAUCAUCGUGGAUUGGGGAGGCAAUGUUGUAUAAUAAGUCUAAUCAGUCCAGCUGCUGUGGACAUCCAAGGAGGGCAGAAGUCAAGGUGCAGCGACCGAGCCAGUGUUAUCAAGAGUGCUACAGGAACAGGAGCUGUCAUGGUUGUUGAGGAGUUUAUGCAGGGCCAAUAUACCUGGAGGAAUUUAAUUAAAUGGCUAAAUUGGUUUAAAUUAGUUAGUCAGUGUGGCCACACAGAAUUGAAUGAAUGUUUGAUGAGAUGUCAUUUAGAAAAAUAACAAACAUGUCUAUAUUUUGUGAAUGAAUAUGCACACUGAUCCAUCAGCGAUGGUGCUUACAUGCUUACAGGUGCAUCAAUUCUGUGCAAUCAUUUUUUUCUUGUUUUGCUAUCUCUAUCACUGUAAAUUCUGUCUGUAUCCUGGCCUGGCUUUUCCUCAAGAAGGGGACAAGGAGAGUCUUGAGGAAUGAGUUCCUUUCAGCAGCUUCCUCUGAAUUUCUUUUAAAUUCUCUGGAUUUUUCUCAAAGCUCUCUCUCUCUCUCUCUCUCUCUCUCUCCACACUGCUAUUAAUAAAACUGUCUUGGACAAAUACUGACUCCUUUAUUAACCCAGUUAAAUAUGAACAUUUGUGUUAAGUUUUUAAUUGUAAAUGUUAAAUGUCCCCAUACUUACCAUAAUUUCCAGAAAACCAAAAACGUAGGACAUGAUUUCAGUGUUGCUGGUGGUAAUUACAGACCUGGCUAUGUGGUCAUUUAUUCCCUCAGGAGCUUCAGUCGAACUAUAAUCAAACUGCACUUCCUUGUUCUCCAUGCUUUUGUGUAUGCUUUUUAGUGUGCCUACAAUGGAUAAGCUAAUCGUGACUAUUAAAUUAAUAAUUAAUUUGACAUUCAUGUAAUCUCCCUCAACUUGAGUCAUGAACAUGAUCAGGUCAUGUGCAUGUUGUAUACACCGCAGAGUCUCUUCUUCUGUUCAAAAACAAAGUAACCACAGUUGCUCAUACACAGC